AUGUGUCCGUUCAAGUUGAACAUCGGCGGCAUUUCCCACCACAUUACAGUUAAUUUAAACCGCGCCAUUAACCGCUGCAUUCGCAACGCGGACCUGGAUGGAGCUAGACACAUGUUUGAUCAAAAUCCUUACUUGAGAAACGUGGUCUCCUGGAAUUCAAUGAUCAUGGCCUACUUCAGGCAGCGUGAGGUCCAACACGCCCAGGAGCUAUUCAAUGAAAUGCCUCACAGAGACCUGGUUUCUUGGAACACCAUGCUUUCUGGCUUUCGUCACACUAAUCACCCAGAAAAGGUGUACAAGUGCUUUGUUGAGAUGAAUAAAGUGGGAGAGAGGCCCAAUGAGCUCACCUUGGCUGUAGCAAUUAGCGCAUUCCUUGGAACAAAAUUCAACAUUCUCAUUCCUCAGCUACAUUGUGUGGUGAUAUGCUCGGGGCUUAAGCUGAAUGUUUUCGUGGGGUCUGCAUUGAUGAGGGGUUACAUAGACUUGGGUAAUUGCCAAGGCAUGCAUGGAGUGUUUAAUGAGAUUUUGGUGAAAGAUGAUGUUACCCCGUGGAACGUGUUGAUUCUGGGUUAUAUGGAGUUUGGGUUGAUGAGUGAGGCUGAGAAAGUAGCUUUUGAUGUGAUGCCAGCUGAGAAGAAUUUCGUUACUUGGAGCACAUUGAUUAAUGGGUAUAUAAAAAACAGGAAAGUUGAUGAAGCUCGUGGUAUUUUUGAUAAGAUGAGCGAAAAAGAUAAAGACGUGGUUUCCUGGACUGCAAUGAUCAAAGGGUACGUGCAGUGUGAAGAUUUUGACAAGGGAUUGGAAUUGUUUGUGGUGAUGUUGAGGAGGAGUUCAGGAGGAAGAAGUCGGCCCAAUCAUUAUACAUUUUCUAGUGUUUUAGAUGCGUGCGCAGGGUGUUGCUCCCUUGUGAUGGGUAGUCAAGUGCACGCGUGUAUUUUAAAGUUGGGUAUCCGUCUUGAUGAUGUUAUACUGUCAACCUCGCUUGUUGACAUGUAUGCAAAAUGCGGAGAAAUAGAAAUGGCUUUCUGCAUUUUCGAAUCCAUGCCCGAGAAAAACUUGGUUUCAUGGAAUUCAAUAAUUGGUGGAUAUGGGAGACAUGGGGUUGGGGAGAGGGCAGUGGAGGAGUUGGGGAGGAUGGUGAAGAGUGGAGUGAAGCCGGAUGAGAUAACCUUCAUUAAUGUGCUAUCGGCUUGUGUUCACGGGGGGAAAGUUGAGGAAGGGGAAAGAAUUUUUAAUUGGAUGAUGAAGAAGAUGAAGAUGAAAGUGGAGAUGGAGCACUAUGGGUGUAUGGUGGAUUUAUACGGAAGGGCGGGUGAGCUGGAAAAAGCAGAGAAUUUGAUAAAGGGGAUGCCUUUUGAGGCGGACGUGGUUGUGUGGGGUGCAUUUCUUCGAGGGUGCGCCUUGCACUCUUGCCUUGAGCGUGGGGAGAUUGCAGCAAAACGAAUAUACAAAUUACAAACAGAUCAUCCAGCUUUGUCGUCGUGGUCGUCGUCUAAAAUUCAAAUGCAAAUGCUGGGUGCUGGACAAGGUGAAGAGAAGGGAUCAGUCCAUUUCACCAAAAAACAAAAGGCUUGUAGCUGGGUUGCUUGA